CGCUCGCACGAAAGGUAUCGGUAUCCGUGAACGGGUGAGCUUGAAUUUUCAGGUUUGCUUGAAGCUUGGAGUGGGCAAUAAUUUAUAAAGUGCUUUGCUUUGAUAGGCACAUGUUCGCUAAAUAGGAAGCAAAUAAUUACGGUGUGUGUGCGUGUACGUGCGUGUGUGUGUGUGUGUGCUGUGUCUGUUUGAGAGAAAAGUGUCCGCGUUAGAGUGACUCAAAAUUUGGGGAAUAGUUCAUUUUUGUGAAACAUUUCUAGUAGAGAGUUUGUAUAUGUGCGGGUGUAGUACACCUUAAUAUUGUGAUUUGACGUUGAUUUGAAUGUGCGUGCAUUUUAAUUUCGCGUGUGACAAACCAAUAGAAUUAAUAAUUCUUAAAAAUUCUUCAAUGAUCUGUCACACCCGUACCCACAGUACAAUUGCUUUGAUAUACUUAUACUAUGCGGACACUUAAUGCACAAAGUUCGUACAUGAUGUCACGUUACAUCCAAAUGUAUUUAUAGACCUCUUAUAAGGUGCUAGCUUAAGGUGCAAGUGUCAGCCACACAUUGACCUCGGACUGUUAUCGCAAAGUAGAAGAAGCAAAAAUAAUAAUAAUUGAGCUGUUCAAUACAAGCAACAGCAAAGCAUACUGAAAAAAGCCUCGCCGAUUUAUUAAAAUGUAUGUGGUUAGACUUAUAAUGUGCAUUACGUUUAUGGCGGCUUUGGUUGAUGUUGUUACGCCACGUGAUGAAGCUAAGCAGGAAAAAUCAUUCAGGUCCCACGCUUUUUCAAAAAAUGCGAGUAAUGAAGAUGACUUUGAAAAGGAUGAUAUCGGCUGGACUAAUAUCAACGAAGAGGUGGAUGUUGUAACACCAAUGGUCCUUUUGCAUCUGCAAAAGCUGGGUAUAGAACAUUUACAGUUGCCCGACAUGAAAGAGAGUAUAUCAAUAAAACCCCUGUUCAUCACAUACGAGGCGGGUCUCCAUUUGACUAAUGGGAUAGUCUACAACCUGUAUGGUAUAGCGCGACAUGGGGACGCGUUUAUGACGUAUGAAGGCAAAUCGUUCCUGAGCAGAUUUUAUUUAAAAAUAAAUAAACUUCAGUUCGAAUACAACUUUUUCCUUAAACUGAUGGCAAUUGAAGGAUAUGGAAAGGUUAUGGGUUCAUUGGACGAUACGGUCGUAUAUGCCGAGUUAGCUGUAAACGUCAUCAACUCCAAGCUUCAUCUUCACGAUUUUCGUAUAAUGGAAUUCAGUAAUAUCCAUGUACAAUUAGAUCAGGCUCGGCUGAUAAGACAGCUGACUGGAAUUAUUUUAAGCCCUAUAACAAAUUUUUUUAAAGAUCGCAUAACAACCUCAAUAGCAGAUGGUCUUAAAGAUCAAAUGCAAUCAGUGAUGGAUGAUUUCAACAACGAGGAUCCGUUACAGCUACGUGAAUUUACCAAGAAAUUGUUAUCUGGAAUAACUGGAAACACGCCAGAAGAUCUUGAUUAAUACUACAUAUGUGAAUUAGUUUUUUAAGAACAAAUAAUCGUUUGAGUGGUAACAUUGUGGUUUCUGAUUGAUAAUAAACAGUUUUAUA